UCGUUUGACAGACGAGAAAGGGGAAGAAGAAGAAGAAGAAGAAGGAUCAGGAGGAGCAUGCUACGAGGGUUCGCGUUACGAUGUUUGGAACCUGUUAGUCCAAGAGCAACUGCUUCGCCAUGCGCGUCAGUGUUACGCGGCAAGAUCAUAAUUCGACGAAACUACGAAAGAUUUCGACGAAGCGGUGACGGUCGGAAAAGAGAAUGGUUCGAGGAAAAGUCGGCCGCCAGUCAAGACGAGUACUUUCGAAAGGAAACCGCCAGACAGCUGAAAGAGCUUCGACGUGCCCUUAAGAGAAAAGCCGAAGAAGAAAAAGAGAUGGAGUGUGGCAAGAAAAGAAAGAGAAGAACCGACGACGUGGCAUGCCCUCCCGAUUCGAAGGACAAGAAGGGGAAAAAACGAACGAAAUAGUUGAAUCACUUCACCGAAGAAGCCACGGAUCCCGAACGGUUGACCAGUUUCAUCGCGAAUCAUUCGAGAAACUGGUGGAUCCUAC